AUGCUCCACGCCCAUGUUUCUGCCGGCAGCGACACAAAACAGGCUAGCCUUGAAUAUAGCAGCUGGCCAGCAGCGUGCCGGGAGCUCAGAUCGCAUGAAUAUGUCGAAGGUGCCGCAGAGGCUCUUGGUACGGAUCGAUUGUCAGACAAAGCGUACCUUAGUUGGUGGAAGGACCAAGUGGCCAAGUGCACCGGUAAGGGUUUAGCUGGACACGCGGAGUUGCUUUCAACAAUGGAUGCUCGCAACUGCCUUGGAGAUAUUACGGUACCGAUGCUGAUUCUGGCACCUGCGAAAAGUAGCUUGGCAGUACUUGAAGGCUUGGACUCGCAGAGAGAGCUGCAUGAGAAAGUAGUCUGGUCAAAGCUUGAAGUGGUCGAUGGAACUUGUCACGAGAUGUAUAUCGACCGCUCAGAAGAAUGUCAGAAGGCAUAUCUAGACUUCUUGGAUGAUGUUCGAAAAGAUAGCAAAUGA